AUGGUGAAGAAGAUGAUCCCCGCGUUAGAACGCGACGCCAUAAUGCAGAAGUUUAUCGAUGAACUUGAAGACUGGAAGGAGAAACAGCAAGAAUUGUUUAAGUGUCAACUACAACGUAAGGAAGAGUAUCACCUGGAACUAUUAGCUAAGGAGUGGGCGAAGAAGCAAGUGGACUUGGAGUGUAAACUAAGCAAGGGCAUAGAGCAGUGUCGCAACCUCGCCGCCGACCUCAGCAGAGCUACUGAAGACUUCAGGCUUAGGGGGUACAGGAACUGUGAGAGGGAGAAAAAGUUGCUAGAAGCCAAGAAAGCUCUAGAGUCCCAUUACACCGCGAAAUACCAGGAGUUGAGACAAGCGUCACAGAAGAUGGAAGACGACAUGAACCAUCAACUCAAGCUCAAAGACAUGACCAUACACGAGUUGCAGCUCAAUGUAGAACAACUGCAGAAGCAAGUGGAAUUGCUCAAGAACAACAUAAAGAACACUGAAAAGGAAUCGCAGAGUCGAUACUCCGGUCUAACGAAAGAUCAAACAGCCAGCCUUAUACAGGAGUUGCGUUACCUAGAAGAGAAACUGGAUAGCGCGGUGCAAUCGAAAGCUUUCUUCAAAGAGCAGUGGGGGCGCGCCGUCCGAGAGCUCCACCUGGUGAAGCUCGCCACUAGGAAACAGAUGCUCUCACAGCUACAACAGGACAGGAAGCAACUCGACCAUAUGCGACUGGACACAAUAGAAGAUGAGGAGGAAAUCAAUAUAAACCAAAAUCCUAUCGACCUCAGGAAGUUAAAAGACGAUUUCUACGUGGACAUACUUGCGAACACGCCCGCACUUAACACGCAUUCUAUAAUAAAUCCGGCUGGACCUGAGGAAUUGGAGAUGUUUAACGAUCUGAAGAAUGCACCAAAGAAUCCAAUGAACGAGAAAAUUAACGAGUUGAUUGCGCAACGCGAUCGACUAGUACAACAGGACAAUCCAGAUGAAGAAAUGCUCAAACAUUUAAACCAUGAAAUACGAAGUAUGUUGCUUAAUUGUGGUACUUGA